UUCUGGAUUCUCACUCUGAGAAUACCAAGGCCACUGAAUAGUGGUGUCCGAGAGGCUGCUUGUUCGUGGAGAAACUAUUCGUAUGCUAAGCAACAGCGAAAGAUUUGGUUAGACGAUUGCAGCGACAGCAAGAGGUGCUGAUCUAAACGAGAGCAAGAGAAAGACAGACGAAGAGUUCUUCAAAGUUCAAGGCGUGAAAUUGCUCUGACUAUGAGAUCGAGAUUAGGAUUUCGAAGAAACCCUCCAUUCUUCGUGGUUUAAAGUUUGAACUUGAAGGCAGUGGAACUGGAGAUGCUGCUCGGAAUUUGAAGCGAAUUUAGAUGCCCAUGGUUUGAAACUGAAGCAAAUCGAAGUGGCCGCAGCUUAGACUACAAUGGAGUGUGUAGUUCAGGGCAUAAUCGAGACCCAGCACGUCGAAGCCCUUGAGAUACUUCUGCAAGGUAUCUGCGGCGUUCCUAGAGAAAGAUUGAGGCUCCAUGAAAUAUGCCUAAAAAGUGGACCUAGCCUAGGUGCUGUAGCUUCGGAGAUUCGGAUUUUAUGUGACCUUGAGCAGGCUGAACCGACAUGGACGGUUAAACAUAUUGGAGGGGCAAUAAGAGGUGCAGGUGCUGAACAACUCUCUGUUCUGGUUAGGACAAUGGUAGAAAGCAAAGUUAGCAAGAAUGUACUUCGUCUAUUCUAUGCACUUGGCUAUAAGUUAGACCAUGAGCUGCUGAGAGUUGGUUUUGCUUUCCGCUUCCACCGAGGUGCCCACAUAACGGUGACAGUUUCAUCAGUUAAUAAGAUGUUAAAGCUACAUUCAACUGAUGAGGCUGUACCUGUUACACCUGGUAUACAGCUGGUUGAAGUGACAGCCCCAGCAACUUCUGAUAACUAUUCUGAAGUAGCGGGUGCAGUGUCGACUUUCUGUGAAUAUCUUGCACCGCUGCUGCAUUUGUCAAAACCGGGAAUAUCUACAGGUGUUGUUCCUACUGCUGCAGCAGCUGCAGCAUCUCUUCUAUCAGAUGGUGCAGGAACAACAAUGUAGAUGGUUUGUUUUGAUGCCAACAAUUAUUUUGAAGGUUCGUUAGAUCGAUUGUUUUCUUGGCAUUGAAGUUCUUCAUCCAUGUCUUUUUCAGCCUUGAAAUAAAAGGUUCUUGGUUCUGACGUGAUGGAAAAAUAGGAUUUGAAUUAUGGAUUUGGCAGUAAGCUCUGCAAAAGUUGAGAAGUUAACCAUAACUUGAUCUCAAAAAGAUUUCCUCAUUGAGUUGAAAGUAGCUAGCCUGUAGCAUAUCUUGUUGAUGUCUUAAAAAAAGGAAUGAAGCUCAUAUUUAUGUAAAUAUCUUCAACUACCAGAUCAACUCCACUUGUUCAGAAUCUUUUAAUCUAAAUGAUUGGAGAAUUAUACAGCAUUUUGAAUUUGGGA